AAAACUUAGUAAGGCUUUUUCUUUUUAUUAUCAUAAUUGAUAUCUUGGAAAAUCAAUGAGUUUGUGAGUAGUUAUUUAUCAAAUCUGUGGCAAAACCUUUUGUGAGUUGUUUUUGGGGUAAAAUAAGGGCUCCAAAAGAAAGAGAAAGCAUAGUAUUUGCAGAGAGAAAAUACAGAUUGUUAGAUGUCCUUUAAACCAUUAUGCAUUAUUUGUUUAUCAGACUGCGACAUGGAAGGCGCUCUUUCCUCAUGCAACCACUUCUUCUGCUUUCGUUGUGUACAGAAGAUAAAGUCGGCCCCGGCCUUUGGAUCAUCAUGCCCGAUAUGUAAAAAAUGCUAUAAUUUAUUCAGCUUAAAAUCUAGCAAUAUCAACCCUUUGCUUCUAGAUGCAGAUAUUACGCUCCAAAACAACACAAAACUGGUAUCUAAUCAAAUCUUCUAUUAUCAACAGACUAUUGCUCGUAUGCGCUCUGUUCUUAUGAAUAUGCGCGAUAAAUUUAAAGUAUUAGAGUCACAAAUGCAAGAAAAAGAUAACGCAUUGACGCGUGCUUUAGAAGAGCGCCAACGUCAGCAGGAAUAUUUCUCAAUGUAUCAAACGCGCCCUUCCUACUUCACAAAUAAUAAUAAUCAACUGAUGAUGCCAGGUCAAUACGCCUCGCUGGAUUCUAUCCCUUCGGGGCAUUCCGUCGCUACGGUAUCACACACACUGAAUAACAACAAUUUUCAGGUCCGCAAGAACUCUGGAGAAAAUUCGCUGAAUGAAUUUGAACCCUACUGUAAUAUCCAUACAAACACACCUCCAGCGUCGAAAACCCAACUGUCUGGUGGCAAAUUACAACCCUCCGGAGAGCAUCAACCGCUUGGCUGGGCGGAAUCCUCCCACGGUCUAAAACGACAUCGUGAGAAUCUUCCAUCCACUCAUAGUACCCUCGCGGUGAUCCCGUCUUGCCCCAACCCCCCUCCCUCUGAACACUAUUCGGCAUCCUCAUCGCACGCGUAUUUAACGCCAAAUUCCUGCUCAAACGCAAACAAUCGCCAAAAAACGCCGUCAUUUCACUUUUCCACAUCAUUCUCAAACCCCAAAGCCCCGGGGAAUUCUCGUGGCCAACAUUCCAUUCCUCCUUAUGGUAGCAUCGGUAGUAGGACACCUAAGUUGCUGCAGGGGCUUUUGUCUCAUGCAUCGUGA